CGUCGUACGCGCAGCUAAAAUAACAGAAGCAACCAUAACUCUAGAAUUAAAGUUUGUCAAGUUCUUCCAAGUUAACAAUGUUGCAGAUAAUAUGGAUAUGGUGUUUGGUUGUGUCAGUGGCAGAUUUGACAUUGGCCCUUGAAAAUGGUUUGGUGAAAACACCACCCAUGGGGUGGCUUGCCUGGGAACGAUUCAGGUGCAACACAGACUGUAAAAAUGAUCCUGACAAUUGUAUCAGUGAUCAACUCUUUCGUACAAUGGCAGACAUUGUUGUAGCAGAAGGCUAUGCUGCAGCUGGAUAUGAGUACAUUAAUAUUGAUGAUUGUUGGCUAGAAAAAGACAGAGACAGGAAUGGCAAUUUAGUACCAGACAGACAAAGGUUCCCAUAUGGCAUGAAAAGUCUUGCAAAUUAUAUACACUCUAAAGGUCUUAAGUUUGGAAUUUAUGAGGACUUUGGUAAUUAUACAUGUGCUGGUUACCCUGGAAUAUUGGGGUAUUUAGAAACUGAUGCACUUACUUUUGCAUCAUGGGAUGUUGAUUAUGUAAAGUUGGAUGGAUGUUACUCCCAUCCUUCUGAAAUGGACAGAGGAUAUCCUGAGUUUGGAUUCUACUUGAACCAAACUGGCAGACCUAUGGUAUAUUCUUGUAGUUGGCCAGUUUAUCAGAUUUAUGCUGGCAUGCAGCCAAAUUUCACUGCCAUAACAGAACACUGUAAUCUAUGGAGAAAUUUCGACGAUAUACAAGACUCGUGGAAUAGUUUAGAAACAAUUAUAGAUUAUUAUGGAAACAAUCAAGAUGCAAUUGUGCCAAACGCAGGUCCCGGGCAUUGGAACGAUCCCGAUAUGUUGAUUAUCGGAAAUUUCGGACUAAGCUACGAACAAAGCAAAACACAAAUGGCAUUGUGGGCUAUAUUAGCGGCCCCGUUAUUAAUGUCCGUUGAUCUACGAACGAUUAGACCCGAGUACAAAGCUAUUUUACAAAAUAAGAAAAUUAUAGCCGUGGAUCAGGACCCAUUAGGUAUACAGGGUCGUCGCAUUUACAAACACAAGGGUAUUGAAAUUUGGGCGAGGCCAAUAACCCCCGUUUAUCAGCAAUACUUUUCUUACGCCAUAGCGUUUGUAAAUAGAAGGACGGAUGGUACACCGUCUGAUGUGUCUGUUACGUUAAAAGAACUUGGCCUGCAGUAUCCUGGAGGAUAUAGUGUAGAGGAUCUAUAUGAAGAUGUGAGUUACGGUGUUCUGACACCGCAAACAAAAAUAAAAGUUAAGGUUAAUCCAUCUGGAGUUGUGAUAUUACGGUGUGAUUUGCAUUUAGAAAAUAUUUUUAAUACGAAUCAGUUCUCGCAGUAUACGGCAAACCAAUUGUUCAAAGUCAGACAGAAUUCAUUUAAAUAA